AUCUUCGCCACAUUGAAGCAACCUCAGAGCAUGAAUGUGGUGGCGACAUCGAUAUCGGGAACGAAUGUGCAGCUGGUUGUAAGCUCCCUCAGCGACCAGAGUCAGGUCGUAUGCGUCGAGCGCUCGUAUGUGGCCUUGGAAAAGCUGCAUGCUUUCCUCAUCAAGAAGCAUGGCACGCUGAACAUCCCGAGCUUUCCAGUGUUUCCGUCGCCCGCGACCGACGCCAAGCUUGCCGUCCUGUGUGCAGAGCUCACGGUGUACUUCAAAUGCGGUGCGGUACACGAGAGCGACGAAGUUCAUGCCCUCGUGAACGAAGAGCGGGCCGCCGGGGUCGCGCACAUGACCGCAAUCGACUUUAUCUUGCAGCCGUUCGAAUAUGAAAAGGUCAACAUCUUGCGCGGGUCCAAGCAUGAGCUCCAGCUCCAAGUCGCGUCCGCGGGGCAAACGUUGGUAUGGAAGUUUGAGGUGGACGACUACGACAUUGAGUUUUACGCGGAAUUCCACACGCCGUUUCCCAUGUACACGGAGAUCUUCCACGCCGCGACCAAGUAUCAAACCACCUCCAAGCCCGUCGAAGGCAUGUACACGUGCACUCGGCCUGGCGUGGUGACCCUUCGCUGGGACAACGCGUACUCUCGCCUUCGAAACAAGACUGUGUUGUACUUGGCGCAUGUGAUCGGCAAGGACAUGAUGGACUCUGCGUUCGCCGCGGCCGACGCGUUAAACCAGGCCAUGAAGGAAGCGGGGCCCACGUCCGGCAACUGCCUCCACUUGCAAAAGUCGCCGGUCGUCAAAACCUCGUCGGGGGGUCGCCUUCCGUUGGCGAUGCCGUCGCUCGAGCAGCUGACCCCUCAAUGGCUCAUGGAUGGCCUCAUGCAUACGACGGCCACGUACGCGGCGCGGCUGUUCGGGUCGCGCCGGCCGCCGCUGACCAACACGGACGCCCCCAGUGCUUACGAGAACAGUCUUAUGCAAGAGCUCAAUGGCCUCAACAUGACGCUGCUGCAACGAGUGGAACGGCUGGAGGAUUCGCUGGCGAGGAUUGCAGUGGAGCGAGAUCAAGCAUUGUCCAGAGUCCAACUCGCCGCUGCCAAAACCGAAGCCGAUGCCGUGGCACUAGCUGACAUGAGUGUUCAAAUCCAAGCCCAACAAGACGAAAUCGACCGGUUGUGCCGCGAACGGCAGAGUUGGCCUGCCGUCGUUGCGGAGCGGGACGCGCUGCUCUUGGAAAAGCAUCGAUGGGCCAUGAUUGACGAGUUCGAUGGUUAUGCCGACAAGAUUGAUCCGGCGAGUCUGUCACCACCUCAGGAAGGCAACUUGCACUUGAAGGAUGAUGUACGCCAAGCGCUGGAAAAAGAGCUGGGGCAGGCCGAGCUGACUUUGCUCCGCGUUCGGGCGCAGUUGGGGUAUUCGCUGCACCAGAAUGUGCCUGUGGGCAGUGGCGGCGAUCGGCUGGAGCGGCUGGCGCAUGUUCGUUGGAUGUUUGAAGUAUGCAUGACGCGCAUUAACCUGGGAACUGGUAGGACUUGGCGGCGGCCAAGACCGAGUUUGACGACAAGAUGGAGCACACGGUGCUUCACGUUGCCGAGCUCAACCAGCAGGUAUGUAUGCAUGUCGAGUGUAUCCAGUGGAGAUAGAUAUUCACGCGGGUGACGGCAGAUUGUCAAGUACAAAAGCCACAAGAAGGUGCUGGUGACGGAAUUGCGCAACUUGAAGCGGGAAACCGACGGUCAAGUGGCGGUCGCGAUAGCCGAAGCGUGCGAGGCGCGGAUGGUGAACCAGAGCCUGAAGCGGCAGAACGAGUUGCUACUGAGCCAGAUGCGCACAAUCGUGGACGAGACCAAUCGUGCUGCGGCCGCGACGAACGAAGCACCGGAAGUGUCGCCGUUGCCCAGCACGAUCACGGCCGCCGACAUUGCGUUGUUGAACGGGCUGCCAGAAUCCAACAAGCCACUCGGUCGGCCGGCCAAUCCAUACCGCGAACGUCUGCUUCAGUUCUUCGAAGAGUUCGACCCGAGCCAGAUCGACCUCAUCGACGACAUGUUGGACAGCUACCGCGGCGUCGAGGAUUCGCUCAUGGAAAGCCUCGAGCUCAAAUAUCGCUUCCAAGAAAUGCACGAAUAAGAGUACGGAUAAUCGAGUAUUAUGCCGGAUAAUGAAAUUUGAGUCGGAUACUGUGGAAUCGUCC